CCUCUUCCAGUCAUUCUUCUGCUGCGAUAUUCUUCUUUCGCUUGCCGGAUUGCUUCUCAGCCGCUGACCGGAGAACCGACGCUUUGCAAUUGAGGUUUCAGCCAUGGCUACGUUGGAUUCCGAUGUGCCUAUGGUUCCCGCGGGUGAGGCUUCGAGUAGUGCUGGCCCUUCGUCUUCCAAAAAACCUAAGCGAUUUGAGAUCAAAAAGUGGAAUGCUGUCGCUCUCUGGGCUUGGGAUAUUGUUGUUGAUAACUGUGCAAUUUGUAGGAAUCACAUCAUGGAUCUCUGCAUUGAAUGUCAAGCGAAUCAGGCGAGUGCCACUAGUGAGGAAUGUACCGUCGCCUGGGGGGUAUGCAACCAUGCUUUUCACUUCCACUGCAUUAGUCGUUGGCUGAAGACUCGCCAAGUUUGUCCAUUGGAUAACAGCGAAUGGGAGUUCCAGAAGUAUGGACAUUAGGACACCUUCAUACCGCUGCAAUGCCAAAGGUCAGACAGACAAAUACUCUACUUGAAAUGUCUAAUUGUUGAAAAUCUGAACCAAUGUCCAAUCCCCAAAUCCUGUUGUGUUCAAUUGUGUGCCUUUUCAUAUCCGAAGCAGAUUAAGAUGAGUACUUUAUUCACAAUGUGAACCUUAGACAUUACACUACAAGUAUUGAGUUAAAUGUUUACAUUCCUUAUUAAAUAUCUUGAUGAAAGUUAUUUCUUCC